AUGAAUAGAAUAUUUGGACGCGGGAAGCCGAAAGGGCCUCCUCCGAAUCUGUCGGACUGUAUCAGUAAUGUGAGUAACUGCGGGGGCGGCUGUGUUGUUGUUUGUGUCUUUAUUAUGAGACAUAACGGGACCUGUGCUGAGCUAAUGUGGCCACGAAAUGACUCUCAAAGUACAAUACCGCUCUAGUUAGCUCGCAAAAUGUAGUGUUUAAGCACUUACCAUCAUGAGAUAAGACAUAUAUCCCCUGUAGGUCUCAUUUCUACCUAACCUUAGAAUGUUAUUUGUUUAUGAUGUCCGCCUGCCUGUCUCCACCUCUCUUCUCCAUCAUCACACAAACAGCAGACACACAGGAUUUCAUUUCACCUCUUAACAACUGUGAACCUUCUCCUGACUUAGGUGGACGCCAGAUCAGAGUCUAUAGAUAAGAAGAUUGCCAGGCUGGAUGCUGAGCUUGUGAAGUACAAGGAUCAGAUGAAGAAGAUGAGGGAUGGGCCGUCUAAGGUAACUCAAGAAGAAAACAUAAGAAAGCUGCGAGGUGGUUACACAAUCAUAGGAAACAUUAAAAUCCUUUUCUCUUUCUUUUUGUCUCCUCAGAAUAUGGUCAAACAGAAGGCCAUGAGAGUCCUGAAGCAGAAGAGGAUGUGAGUGAGACACUGAAUGAAUGUUAGACUUUCAUAUGUUUGAACACAGAGUCCCACUUUGGAUGAUACCACUGAUGACAACUUAAAGGGAUAUUCCAGCGUAAAAUUCAUUUAGGGUCAAACACACUGCAACACCGAGUUAGACACUCCCGCGAGAGAUGAAUGUUGCUGACCACAUUUUAAAUCUUGUAAUCAACGCCUCCAUCUAUGACGCAAGCUCAACUCCUUUGGAAUGAGUAAGAACAAUGAGAAGAAAAUGAGAAAAACGCUACUCUAUAACCACAAAUAAUGCUCAGAACAGCACCUAACUUCAUCAACAGUACAUAUAGGGUCCUUGCCACAGCACUAGCCACCAAACAUCUUUUUAACUUUGCCUGAUUUCUUCAGCAAAGAGACUGGACACAACUUACCCACUCUCCUCCAGCAGCCGUUUGUUUGUAGCAAGACCUCAGGCUAGUCCAUUAUGGACUGCAGCGGGGUGUCGCAGCUCAAGGAAGAACAUUUUUGAUCAUUUCUUUAUGGAAAUGCUAAGGCAGAAGAACUAGAUUUGUAAUGUUCAAUCAGUUUUAUGUAAAUCAAAUGUUGAAUAAAAUAAAUAAAAUAUUUUAUAAAUUUGUGUAGGCUACCAAGAAGCGUUUUUCAACCAGUUGUGUUUUGUCUUGAACAGGUAUGAAGGUCAAAGAGAGCAGCUGGCUCAGCAGUCUUUUAAUAUGGAACAGGCAAACUACACAAUACAGACACUAAAGGACACCAAAACAACAGUAAGAGCCACUCUGAUUGAUAGGAAUUCUGAUUUUGGUGGAGUUAAUUUUACAUAUCCAACUUCAAUUGUAUUUAUUAUUGUCAUUGCUGUCUUAUAAGAUAUGAUUGUUUAGAACAGCACAUGUACUUGAAAAGACUACAGAUAGAAUAUAUAUAUUUUCAGUGAUGACGGAGACUUUUUUUUUCUAAUUAAAUGGUUUUACUUUGUGUUUCUGUCUCCAGGUGGAGGCCAUGAAGAUUGGUGCAAAGGAAAUGAAAAGAGCUUACAAGGAUGUCAAACUUGACCAGAUCGACGUAUGUUUGUUAUGCAACACUUUAGUGUUUGGAAACAGAACAAAAUAUUCACAAGCAUGUCUAAAUUAAGGAACAGGAACCUCUUCCACGUAGGCAGCCAUCUUUCACCACAGUGUAGCACAGAAUGGAUAAUCUGUAUGCGCUACAUGCGUUUGUGUAGUCAGUGAGUGGCCAAUGGAAAUGCACUAUUUGGGAGACUAAGACAAAGAAGAGAGUGGGUGAUCUAAGUUUGCAUGCAUCAUGGCAGCUUGUUGGCCUCAAAGACCACUGAUGCUUCCUGAAGAUCCCCAGCAGGGGGAGUGAACAAGGGAGCUUUAAUCUAAAAUCUGUCUACUUGAUACACAAUGUAUUGUACACACUAUAUCUGAGAUUGAAAAUUAAAAUCACACAAGGCACAUGACUCAUAAAGCAAAUUUACUGAUACAACAGAGUUAAGAAUAGUGCUAAUUUAUCAGAGUUUUAAGUACACCAUAGAAAAAAUCUAUAUUAUGCAUAUUAAAUCUGUUCUUUUAAGUGAGAGAUGUUGGGCAUUAACAUACUGGUCAUGUCUGAAAAUGCAGGAUCUUCAGGAUCAGCUCGAGGACAUGAUGGAGGAUGCCAACGAGGUACAGGAAGCCCUGAGCCGCAGCUACGGCACUCCAGAGAUCGAUGAAGAUGAUCUCGAAGCAGGUACGCCCCACUUUUUUUUACGUCUAUUUCUACAUACUGAAGUUAGAGGAACAUAAACUGGAAAAAAAAUCACCAAAGUUUAGAAAAAGAAACUGUAAAAGUAGCACGAUCAAGCACAGUAUAAAGUUGUCAGUUUGAUGGCACAUCUGUUCAUAAACGUCCGUAUUUCCUGUGACCCUGAGGCGGCCCUUAACUUCAUCUGUGUGAAGUCCUGCACUGACUGUGUAUCUAUGGUUUCAGAGCUGGAUGCACUGGGCGACGAGCUGCUGCUGGAUGAUGACAGCUCCUACCUGGACGAGGCCUCAGCUGCUCCGUCUAUCCCCGAGGGAAUGCCGAGUGACAGCAAAACAAACAAGGUAACAGUCAGGAGAGCUCAGGCAUCACUGUAGCUGACUCUGUACUCAAGACAGGGUACAGUGUGUUACAGGACUGGAAAUCAAGGCUGCAGAAAACCAUUGUUAUCACUUAAAAGUUCAAUUUAUGAUCAUUUUUAAGUUAUAUUUUGGGCAUGUGUCGAGUUUCUCAGAGUCAAAAACAAUUUUAUAAAAUGUCUGGUUAGUUCCACAGAUAAAUUUAUCAAUCAGUCUUCUAUGUGUAGUGUCAAUUCAAAUAAAUAUGAUCUGAAACACUUGAUUAAAAAGGCAGAUAUGUACUGCACUCUUUAUUAUACUUUUGUGUGCAUUUGCUGUAUGUCAUAUAUGUCCAGGUUGAUGUCCUACAACACAACUUUCUUUCCUUUUUCAGGACGGUGUUCUGGUGGAUGAGUUCGGUCUGCCGCAGAUUCCUGCCACAUAA